AGAAAAAUGUAUGUUGUUCAGUGAAUAUGGGUUUAUUGAAAUCUAAUCUUAUGAAAUUAAAACAUUCAAGAACUUUAUUGUGAAAAUGAACAUUAAUUCCUUUAUUAUUUCAGUGCUAGUGUCGGUAAUCUGUGUAUUAAUAUCACUUUUGCAACAUGUGUACUUCAAUUAUAGGAGAGUUACCGAAAUGAAACUUUAUUAUAAACCUGUAUUUGAAGAUUUAAUUCCUUCUGACAAAGUUAAGAAUUUUAAAGUCCAAAAAGACAAAACGUUCGGCAGGAAUUCGGGAUCGAAUGUUUUAAAAUCACUGCAUGCCAGAUUGAAAUUUCCCAUGGCAGAUACUUUGAAGAGACCUGCUGUCCCUUUAAAACCUGAAGCUGGUGAAGCAACUGAGAAAGAAGUGUAUUAUUCCGUACAAGCAGCGUUAAAAUUUAAAUCAUUUGGAAAAUUGGAUAAAGCUUUAAAAUUGUUUGAACAUGCAGCAGUAAUAGCUCCAAAUAAUCCAGAUGUUUUAAAUCGUUAUGGUGAGUUUAUAGAGCAGAUGCUUGAAGAUAUUGUUUCUGCAGAUGAGUUGUAUCUCAAGGCAUUAACCCAGUCACCAAAUCACAAAGAUGCCUUGAUGAAUCAUAAAAGGACAGCUCACAUUGUAGACCAAUUAGAUUUGGAAGUUUUGGAAAAUAUUGACAAAAAGUGUGAAAUGUUAAAAAAACUUCAAAAUAGUGAUCCUGCCUUUGAAGAUAUUAAGAGACAGGCUUUCUAUUUGCACAUAUAUCAUACGGUGGGUAUAGAAGGGAACACAAUGACUGUGGAGCAGUUACGAUAUUUAUUAGAAACUGGAAAUGCUAUUGCUGGUAAAAGUAUAGUAGAGCACAAUGAAAUAUUGGGCCUUGAAUUAGCAAUGAAUUAUUUAAAAAUACUAACAAGAUUUCCUGUUAUUACUGUGAAUGAAAUAAAGGGAAUACAUAGAAGGAUCAUGGGACAUGUUGAUCCCCUAAAUAGUGGUAUAUUUAGAGACAAGCAAGUAUUUGUGGGUUCUCAUAAACCCCCACCCCCUGAUGAUGUUCCUAAACUGAUGGAAGAGUACGCUGAAUGGUUAAAUUCAGAGGAUGCUGUCAGCAUGCAUCCAGUCAGAUAUGCUGCCUUGGCUCACUAUAAGCUUGUUGACAUUCAUCCAUUUGGCGAUGGUAAUGGACGCACCAGUAGAUUAAUUAUGAACUUAAUUUUACUAAGGGCUGGUUACCCUCCUGUGAUAAUAUUAAAAGAACAUAGACAACAGUAUUAUGAUUAUUUGCAAUUGGCCAAUCAUGGUGAUGUAAGACCGUUUGUACGGUUUAUAGCUCAGUGUACUGAACAUAUUUUAAAUAUGUACUUAUGGAGCCUUGAAAAUAUUGGACGGCUGUCCGAUACAUACGGAGAUCUUAAAGUUAUUGACACUAAUGAUCAGAAAAAGUCGUUUGAAACAGAAAAUAGAAAUUUAUGAACAAUUUUUCAAAUGCUAAAGUAAUGUUGUUAAUCUAUAUAUUCCAUUUUUCUAUUUAUUGAUUUGUUGUUAAUGUUGCUAAUUUGAUUCCAGACUUUCAUUAAAUUGGUCUAUAUUUUUAUAUUGAUGUAUGUAUAUAAAACUUUAAAAUACGAUAUUAUGUGAAGUUUCUUCUAUUGAAUUUUAAAAUAUGUAUUUGUCAUUGACGAAUUCACUUUGUGAAGUAAUUUAUUGAGAAGUAAAAUUCUAAUUGUCAAGUAUUAUUUAAUUAUUAGUUGAUUGCAUAUUUACACAGUAAAAUGUUUUUUAAAUGACA